GUGGUUGCGUUGGAGGUGGCGACAGCAGCGUUGGUGGUGGUGGGGCGGCAGCGUUGGUGUGCAUGUGUUGGGGUUUCUCUGAGCUUUAAGGGAGAGCUGGGUAAUCCAAUCCAGAUAGCACACAGAAGAAAGAGGGGUUUUCUCCCGCUUCCCCAGUGAAGCUGCAGGGGAUUUUUUGGGAAAUCUCUCCAGGAUGAGUCUCUGCUUGCGUGGAAGGGUCAACACAGGUAGAGCGCUCAGUAACUCCGCAGGCCAGACUUAGCUGGUCUCCUUUGGGAAACGAACACACAUGCUGGUACCCUGUGGUCAACCCCUAUAAACACAUGAGAGGGAAGGAACACAGACAAACCAUGAAAAAGAUAUACAUUGGCAAAACCGCCUUAAAAGUCCCCCGAAAUGGCGGUAAACAUCCGAAAAAGAGAUGCUGCGGCUCUCUGCGUAAACUGAGGCUCAACAAUAAACAACAUUCAAGCUCGUUGCUGGAGCAGAAGGAGGACUUACGGAAGAGGCUGUCCUACACAACACACAAGCUGGAGCUGCUGCAGAGCGAGUUCGACUCCACGCGGCAGUACUUGGAGACGGAGCUGCGGCGAGCACAGGAGGAGCUGGACAAGUUCACCGAUAAACUGCGCAGUCCCAGCACCAUGAUGACGAGAAGCGAGCUUUGA